AUGGUUUCAAGUGAGCAGACAUACCGCGUCGGCCAGCGUCGAAGCUUGAGAGGUCAAGCAUGCACAAUUCGCUACAUAGGCCCAGUUGCAGCGAAGUCUGGUGAAUGGCUCGGUGUUGAAUGGGAUGAUCCUUUGCGCGGCAGACACGAUGGAACACAUGCAGGUGUAAAAUACUUCACAUGCAAGAGAAAGGCAUCCUCGAUCGCGGCCUCGUUCCUCAAACCUGAUCAAGCAUGGGAUCCUCCCCGGACCUUCCUGCAAGCUUUGCGUGAAAAGUAUAUGCCUGAAGAUGCGGGCACUGGACAGAAAGCCGUCUACUUCUCAAGCAAGCAAGCCGAGGAGAUUGGGUUCGAAAAGUUUGCCGACCGGCAGGCUCGACUUCACGGCAUAUACGUCUUGGUGCUCGAUCGAAUGCAAAUCCGACACAAUUCUGCUGAUGGGGUAGAUCUCGCUUCACAGGAAACCGACAUCGUGGCCAGCUGCUCGCACAUUACAGAAUUAGACCUCAGCGGUAACCUCUUCGAAUCUGUGGACGAGGUGUUCCGACUGUGUGCUCUGUUUCCUAAGCUCACACGCCUAGUGAUAGACAGUAAUCGCUUUUCGACACUGGACUACUCGCCGGACCAUGCGCCUUUCAGCCGCGUCCGCACCCUCAGCUUAUCAGAUACGCUCCUGAGCUGGCCAGAGGCCGCAGUUUUGGCGCAGAAAUUUCCUUCAUUGACCGACAUGACCGCCUCCAGCAACGAGUUGGCAUCCUUGAGUCCUCAGAUCUUUCCUCCAGCUCUGAAGUCUCUGGACAUCGCGACCAACGGUUUCACCAGCCUUGAUCGUCUCGUGGGUUUAUCCACGUUGCACAACUUGCAUUCCAUUGUUAUCAAGCACAAUCCGAUCUCGCUGGCCAUCUCGGCAGAAGAUGUGACUGUCGAGUUUCCCUCCAUCGUUGAAGUCGACAUGGCGCAUAGCGCGGUAGCUUCUUGGUCUUUCUUUAAUCAAUUGCCGAACGUCUUUCCUGGUAUGCGACAUUUACGAAUAGCCGGUGCACCGCUCUUCCAGUCAUUGCGAUCAGCAGAUGACAAACCUCUUAAGGCAGAAGACGGCUACAUGCUCACUGUUGCGCGGCUACCACAGCUCAAGACCCUGAACUUCAGCCCCAUCACCGACAAAGAGAGAUUGAACUCCGAAAUUUAUUAUCAUAGUCAAAUCGCGUUGGAGUUGGAACUUGCCCAUGCAUCCGGUGUCUCUCCCGCCCGAGAUGCAGCAGCAUCCAAGACGGCCAUUCUCGCACGGCAUCCUCGAUGGCUUGCACUCUGCGAGGAGUAUGGUGACCCUGUUGCGCCUGCACGGCCUGAUGACGCCACUGGGACUACUGGUACUCAUAAUUACAACAGGAAUCCAAAUUCUCUUGGUGCUCGGUUGGUUCACCUUACCUUCAUGCUCAACACUGAAUCUGCGCCACGCACGAUCAGCUCAGCGACGGAUUCAGUGGGAACUUCUCCAACAGACUAUCUGUGGAUACAGGAGCUUCCUCGUGUCUACGACAUUUAUUCUCUUCUGGGUAAUGUCGUCGCUCAUGUAAGCAAAGAAGUCUAUCCAUCCGGGAAGAUCAACCCGUUAUGCAUUCGUCUCUUCUGGCUAUCUGGCGAAUUCCGACCAAACUUACAUGGCGAGAGAAAAUCCGAUGACAGCACGAAGUUGGCCAAAGAGGCAAGUUGCACCGUCGACAGCACGCACGAAGGUGCGUUGGAACCUGGUGUGGUCGAUUGGUGGGACAGCAGCGAGGAGGACGACUCAGAUAUGAUUGCAGACGAUCCUGCAGACUCGAUGCUCCCGGAAGAGGUUGAGGUUGAGUUACUACCUGGCACCCGCUCGAUCGGAUCAUACAUCGAAGGUCGCAGAGCACGGAUCCGAGUAUUAAUUCCACCAGCGGCGAUCGUGAAGGGUCACGGGUAG